CGCCGAUAUUUCUGCCGGGUAACUAGCUGCUUCCUUUUUCUCUCGCGCGCGGUGUGGUGGCAGCAGGCUCAGCCUUGAGAUGCAGAACGACGCCGGCGAGUUCGUGGACCUGUACGUGCCGCGGAAAUGCUCCGCUAGCAACCGCAUCAUCGGUGCCAAGGACCACGCAUCCAUCCAGAUGAACGUGGCCGAGGUUGACAAGGUCACAGGCAGGUUUAACGGCCAGUUUAAAACUUACGCUAUCUGCGGGGCCAUUCGUAGGAUGGGUGAGUCAGAUGAUUCCAUUCUCCGAUUGGCCAAGGCCGACGGCAUCGUCUCAAAGAACUUUUGACUGGAGAAAAUCAUGGAAGUGGAAUAUUUGUCAUAAAUAAAUAGUGAAAACCUA